AUGUCUGCCGACGGAAUGCUCGCAUACGCUGCGCCCUCGCUGUUCCAACCUCACCGCGCGCGAGAUGCCAUUCGUGACGCUCACAAGGGCAAGAUUCCUCCUCUUCUCUGUUACUACGCCGGUCUCUCCUCCCUCCCCGUUACCCGCUUUCUCGCACCCUUUGGCUUUGAUGCCGUCUGGAUCGACUGGGAGCACUCGUCCUGCAAUGUCGAGACCAUGACAAGCAUGGUCCAUGAGGCCAUCUUCAUGAGCCAGGGCCGUACCAUACCCUGGGUUCGCGUUCCUGGACACGACCAUGCCGCCAUUGGCUACGCUCUGGAUGCCGGCGCGAGUAUUGUCAUCCCCCAGGUCGACACGGUCGAGCAGGCAAAGCACGUCAUAUCAGCCGCGAAGUUCGGUACCAAGCAAAACGGCUCGCGGUCUGCGCCGCCGUUCCGCCUCAUCCCCUUUGUCACCGACCAGGCCUACGACGGCCAGGGUGACAUCCACAAGGCGCUCAACAACCAAGCUGCCAUGAUGAUUCAAAUCGAGUCUCUGGAAGGUAUCAACAACCUCGAUGAUAUCCUCACAGCCUGCCCCGACAUCGACGUCGUCUGGCUUGGCACCCUCGACGCACGCAUCAGCAUGAAUCUUCCCGGAAACAGCGGCCUCGGCGGCAGCGAGCCUGAAUGGACGACCGCCGUCGAGAAGUUCCGCGCCGUGAUGGACAAGCACGACAAGCCAUAUGCUGGAUUCGCCAUUCCUGUGGCACCUUAUGAAUGCGAGAGGACUACUCGCUGA